GAUAAGCUUACUAUCUUUGCGAAAUUGCUCCUUUUCUAGAUAACGCAUGCUACUAAUCCACUGACUCGAUUUCUUAUGCUUUGUCUGCCAAAAAGAUAAAAAUUGUGCUUCACUGUGAAGAAAAAAGAGCUAAUAGAGGUCCUACAACUUGUUCAUCAUGUAAAUGAGGGAGCAUUUGUCUUUAGCAUAAAGAAAGAGAACCUGCAACGACCAUUCUCCUCUACGAACGUGCCUCCCGUCCCAGUUUAGUCCACAGGAAAGGAACUUGCACACGCAGAAGGCAAGAAACUUUGCGGAAGCAUCGGAAAGAUUGAAUCCAACAGACCGGUGAUCCCAGUCGACGGCGCGCGCCAGAAGGAGAAAACGGAGAGGUCCAGCUGACGGCCGAGCCGCAUGUGUUUGCUUCAUCGGCCCGCGCCGCCGUCCCUCCCUCUCCCAUCAUCCAGCCACUGCCGGCCGACAACCGUCGUUGAUUUCGGUUCGUUUCAAGUUUUCAACUCAGCGGAAGAAGAUGCCGGCACCGGCGGUGGCGCAGGCGGCGCCGCACCCGCACCUUUACCUGAAGACCCACGGAGCUAAAGUGGCGAGGCUGCACAUGGUCGACUGGAUCGUGCUGGUCCUCCUUGCCGCCAUAGCUGGCGCGCUCAACAUCAUCGAGCCGUUCCACCGGUUCGUCAGCAAGGACAUGAUGGACACCCUCCUGUACCCGCUCAAGGACAACACCGUGCCCAUCUGGGCCCUCGGGGUACUCGCCAUCGUCGUGCCGUUGCUCAUCUUCGCAGGGAUCUACGUGAAGAGGAGGAAUGCCUACGACCUGCAUCACGCCAUACUAGGCCUGCUGUUCUCUGUGCUCAUAACCGCCAUCAUCACCGAAGCGAUCAAGAACGGCGUUGGCCGGCCUCGCCCCGACUUCUACUGGAGAUGCUUUCCUGACGGAGUGCCGGAUUACCACAAUAUAACUGGACAAGUCAUAUGCCACGGAGACGCCGGCGUCAUCAAAGAAGGGUACAAGAGCUUCCCGAGUGGCCAUACUUCAGGGGCCUUCGCCGGACUAGGUUUCCUGUCGUGGUACCUUGCCGGCAAGAUCAGAGCGUUCGACCGCAGCGGCCACGUCGCCAAGCUGUGCAUCGUUAUCCUGCCGCUGCUCCUUGCGGCGAUGGUCGGCGUGUCGCGGGUGGACGACUACUGGCACCACUGGCAGGACGUUUUCGCCGGUGGAAUUCUGGGGCUUGUGGUCGCUUCGUUUUGCUACCUGCAGUUUUUCCCUUCUCCAUCUGCUGAACAUGGGCACUGGCCUCAUGCGUACCAUCACCACAUACUUAAUCCAGAAGCCGAGAACCAAGUGCAGUCAGCAGCUGCUGCCUCGGAUUGCAAUCAGUCGGUACUGCCGCGUGACCUGUCCAUAGUCCCUUUUGCCGUUGGCAUGGAGACGAGAACCAGUGCCCGAGCAUUAGACUCCAUGGAGGCCGGCAGCAGAGGUCUCUAACAGAAUGCAAUCAGAAACACCACUUUAUAGUUUUUUUUUUUUUGAUAAUAGACGCUUUAUUACUCAAAAUAGUUUUAAGCAUUACAUCCAACCUCUGCAUAAAUAGGAUGCACACAACCGUUUAGUAGUCCAAUAUCGAACAAAAGGAGAUAAAAGGAACGAUGUAAAAAAUCAAUUACUAUAAAGCUCCAUUGGCUUCAA